AUCAUUCAGCCCAUUCAAGUUCUCCUCUAAAUCAAUUUUUCCUCCAAUUUCGGAAUCAGCCCUCAGUUUAUUUUCUCCCCCGCUCUCUUCUAAAAAACCCACAAAAAACCCUAAUUCAAGCCUCCAGAGUUUGAUGAAAGGUCUAUACAUGAUGUCCGAUGCAAGCUCAGACCCUAAUGAUGGAGCAGGCAAGAGAAAUCCCCCUUCUUGGAUGAGUUCUAAAGGAAAAGAGAGCAAACCCCUCAAAAAGAAGCAAGAUGAUGCUGGUGAGCACACUUCAAGCCAUGCCGGAGGGAGGGACAGCGCUCAAGCUAAUUCACAGUUUGCAAAACUUCUGGACGGUGUGGUCUUUGCAUUAUCAGGGUUUGUUAAUCCCGAGAGAAGUACAUUACGGUCACAGGCGUUAGAGAUGGGGGCGGAAUAUCGGCCUGAUUGGACCCCGGAUUGCACCCUACUUGUUUGUUCAUUUCCAAAUACUCCCAAAUUUAGACAGGUUGCUUCAGAUUGUGGAACUAUUGUCUCAAAGGAGUGGAUAUCAGAGUGUUAUAAUGAAAAAAAGCUAGUCGAGAUUGAGAGAUUCCUUAUGCAUGCUGGAAAACCAUGGCGGAGGAACAACGAUCAGCUUGAGAAUAAGAAAGGUCCGAAAGACGCAUUAAAUGAAGAAUCUGGAAGGCGACCCAGGAGAAAUUCACCUGAAAAGUUCACCGGCUCUGCCAAGUCUAAGGUUGGGCUUUCUAAUGUUACUAAAGAUCACUUUUCACCUUCCAAGAUAAAAGAGUGGGCGAUUGAUGACUUAAAUAAGACGGUUACAUGGCUGGAGAGUCAAGAAGAAAAGCCAGAGGCAAGUGAAAUAAAGGCUAUAGCUGCACAAGGGGUUAUUACUUGUUUACACGAUGUGAUAGAAGCUUUGAAGGAAAAGAAGGACAUCCAGCUUGUGAUGGAACAGUGGAUGUUCAUCCCUCAUGUCGUCAAACAACUUUUAGAACUCGAGACUGGAAGAAGUAAAAAGGGCUCCCUCUCAAAGGGGGAACUCCGUGAACUGGCCAUUACCUGUAAAAAGAUUUAUGAAAGCGAGUUUGAGAAUGUAGAUAGUUCUUUGAGAAGGAAUGGGAAGCAGAAAGCUGGUAUUGAUGAUGAAGAUGACGCAGGGUUUGACAGCGAUCGGACGAUUGAGAUGACAGAAGAAGAGAUUGAGAUUGCAUGUAAAGAACUGAGUUCUUAGUGUAUAUGGCAGUUGUUGUAUUUGGAUAUUUGAAUUGUGUAGUCAUCACUCAGAACUGAGUUCUUAGUGUAUAUGGCAGUUGAUGUAUUUGGAUAUUUGAAUUGUGUAGUCAUCACUCAGAACUGAGUUCUUAGUGUAUAUGGCAGUUGAUGUAUUUGGAUAUUUGAAUUGUGUAGUCAUUGCCGGUCUGUCUUAAUGAGCUUGAGUGUAAUUUUCUA